AUGUCAUACGCUAACGUUGUUUCCUCUGGUACAGCUACCACUCCAGCACCAAUUGCUCAAGAAUCAAUUGUUCAAGAAUCUGUUUCUAAAUCAGAACAAGUUGAAUCAACUCCAGAACCAAUUGAAGUUGAAACAAAUGAAGAAGAAUCCAAAACACAAAAUCAAUUACCUUCACCAAAUCCUUCACCAAAAGCUGAAAAAAAACCAAAAGAAGUAAAUUUAGCUCCAGCUCCAGUUCCAAGUGUUAGUGCUUGGGGUUCUGCAUCUUCAUCAAGAUCUAAUUCAAAUGUUAGUUCUGUUGAUUCUAAACAUUGGCCAUCACCAUUAGAUUCUCAAUUAACAUCAUCAAAUGGUAAUACACCAAAAAAAAUUAAUCAAGUUAAAUCUUCAAAAGAAAAAUGGAUUCCUUUUAAAGCUUCAGUUGUUUUACCAACUCCAGGUUCCAAAAAAUCAAAUGGUCAAAAAAGAAAUUCUAAUAAAAACAAUAAUGUUUUAAAUAAUAGUAAUACUAAUAAACAAGCACAUAAUGAUGCUAAAAAGAGAAAAAAUAAGACUGAAAAACGUCCAACUUCAAAUGGUACCACAUCAACUGUCACUGAAUCAAAAGAAUUACCAGCUAAACCAGAAUUGAAGAAUGAAGAAUCAAAAGAAUCAUCAACAAAAUCUGAAGAAUCAGAACAACCUAAACAAGAAUCAACUACAUCAACUCAAGCAUCAUCUACAUCACCAUCAAUUGAAAAAUCACACAAUAAUAACAAUACACAACAUCAAAGUAAUAAUCAUCAAUCUAAUAACCAUUAUAACCAACAUCAACAUCAUAAUCAACAUCAUAAUAACCGUUAUCAAAACAAUAACCAAUAUAAUCAACAUCAACAAGCAUUCAUCCCAUUCCAACCAUUCCCAAUUGCUCAAAAUCCAUACCCAUUACCAACAAAUGGUCAACGUCAAUUCCGUCCAUAUAAUAAUAGAAGAUUUAAUAAAUAUCAAAACAAUGGGUUUAAUAAUAAUAAUAAUGGACAAUAUCGUCAAAACAAUUAUUUUUAUAAUAAUCGUCGUACUAAUGUUGCACAUUUAAACAAGAGUUCAGAACCAUUAUUAUCAUUAAUAAAACAAAUUGAAUAUUAUUUUUCAAUUGAAAAUUUAUUAAAAGAUAUCUUUUUAAGAAAACAAAUGAAUAAUGAAGGUUGGUUAGAAUUAACUGUUAUUUCAAGUUUUUAUAGAAUGAAUGUCUUGAGUGCUGGUGAUUUCCAAUUAGUUAGAAGAGCUAUUGAUGAAUUAAAUGGUGAAUUAUUAGAAUUAGCUGAAUUUGGUGAAUCAAAGACAUUGAAAGUUAGAGUUAAAGAAAAUUUUGAAACUUGGGUUUUACCUACUGAUCAUAGAGAUCCAAGAGGUUUAGAUGAAACUCCUUUAUUGAAUGUUAUUGAACCAAUUGUUAAAGAUGUUGAAACUUCUGAAACAAAUGAAGAAAAUAAAGAAGAAGAAACUUCAAAGGAAACUACCGCUGAACCUGUUGAAGCUUAA